CACUGGAGAAAGGCAUGGGAGAGAUAGUAGGCUUGGACCCUUCAUCCUCUCCCUUUCCGUUUUCUGCUCAGCCUGAUGGGGUACCCUUCAAGGCAACAAUCACCGACUAUGGCCUCUUGGGUUUUGAGGAUGCUUCCCAGGAAUGUCCGUUCCUUGACUACAUCAUCAGAGAACCAGCGGGUUGAAGAUUGUCAUCGUCACCAGGAGGCCUAUGGGUACUUCUUGCCCAUCCAGACGAGGUGGCAGGACAAUGACCAGUAUGGCCACGUGAACAAUGUUGUGUACUACAGCUACUUCGACACCAUUAUCAACCACUACCUGAUCAGGUACUGCGGCCUGAAAACCCGCUUGCUGACGUCCCCCUUGGUGGGGUUCAUGGUGACCAAUCAGUGCACCUUCCACGCGCCGGUCAGCUUCCCGCAGGUCCCGGUGGCUGCUCUGGCCGUGGAGAAAGUGGGCCACUCCAGUGUGCACUACCGCCUUGCUCUGUUUCCACCCAAGCCCGCCCGGGAGCCGCCCACAGCAGACUACCAUGACCUCGCUGACGGCCUUUUCUUUGGCCACCCCAAGCUGGCGCAGUUUGACACGUUGGCCUGUACCACCGGGUCCUCGGUCCACGUUUUUGUGAACCCAGCCACCAGCAAGCCCACGGGCCUCCCAGAAGACUUCAGGAGGGGCCUCCUGAGGCUGAGGAGGCUGGCUUCCGUGUGAAGUGUCUGUACGUGGAAUUGUGCCC